GUCAAUCUGGACCCGACAAAGUACCAAUCACAACCACACAGCACCAAAAGUAAACAGACAUCCAGACGCUGUAUACUUACCAUCACCGUGGUGAAGCGAACGCCUCUACGAUCGCAGAGACAGACGCCUCAGCAAACACACCCUCUGAAAACCCCCCACUGACAGGAUGCCGGGUUCCCCCCAUCAACCCAGAAUCCCAGGGUCCAGGCCCACAUCCAGGACCCAAGCAACUCCACAAACCCCCGAGUCCAACUCACCGCAGGUCGAGGCGAACGCGACUACGCUUGCAGACACAGACACCCCGGCUAUCACACCCGCUGGAUCGCCCCCCGGCACGGAGUCGAUUUCGCCCCGGAGACCGACUGACAUGAUGUCGAUUUCGCCCCUGCCACCCGGAACGCCCAGAUCUAGGUCCAAGCCCUGGAUGAUAACAUCCCCUCCACCCGUCGCGUCCUCACCGACACGCAGGAGGAGCAGCCCAUGGAGACCCACGCCCAACGUUGUCGUGCCGGCCCCGGACGGAGUAUCCCGUGAUGUAGGCCAGUUCCAGUACCGACCCAAGCCCAACGGCAGGGUCACCUGCAUGGUGAUGGUGGUGGACAAACAAGCGAGGCGUCGUCCGUGCGGGGCGACGUACGACUCGCUGCAAGUCCUGAACAGGCAUUUCAAGGCAAGGCACAACGAUAGCAUGAAGUGCGAAAUCUGUGAGGAGUUUAUACUUCCCAAGACUACGCCGUGGUUGCAUCUUGUUGACAAUCAUCCAGAGCUUGUCUUGACCGAUGAUGAGCCUAGGGGGAAAGUGGAGGAGGAUACGGCGGCGAGCUCGGGUGCCGGAGGGGGCGAGUCGCGGGUCGCGCCUGUGCCGACAGGAGUCCCUGAAACCCCCAGAGAAGAACAACCGGAUAUCGGGCCAGCGGCUGAGGGUGAACUUGUGGACGGAGGUGCUGAGGGGCGUGAUUUGCAGGCCGCGUCUGUGCAGACAGAGGUAGAGGUUCCUGAAGUCAUCGGGGAAGGAGAACCCUAUGUCAAGGUAGAGCCUGAGGAUGAUGAAACCAUCAUCUCAAAUAUCAAACCCCAUGAUUCGCAGGUUGCGCCUGUGCAGACAGAAGUCCCUGAAACUCCCAGAGAGGAACCGGAUAUCCAGCAAGAGCCCGAUGCUGAAAACACCGAUGGGUAUCUUGCGGGCCUCCAAGAAGGCGAGAUCCGGGAAUCUGACCUGAAACAAAAGGGGAUUUGGGACGAUAGUUCAGAAUCUGAGGAAGAGGGAACACUGGAGGAUGAUGAUGAUGAUGAAUACCUCCUGAGUCACAAAGCCCGCUAG